AUGUGGGUUGUGGCGCUAACGUUUUUGAUAUUGUUUACAGAGGGUCAUGGGUCUCGUGCGCAUUUCAACAACAUGUCGGCGCAUGAAUUCACAACGCCGUCAGACGAGAUUUUGCCCAUGCUGCCGGACGAGAAUCUCCAGGCCUCCACCGUCAUCGCUGGUCUCAUGCCCGACUCAUUCGGUGAAAUGUUCAACUUUUUAGAUGGAGAUAGCUUUGGAAUUGGCCCCAUGCACGAGUUCGUGUACGGGUGGCAAGCGAUAGUGAACACUAUGAGUAUGAAGAACAACGUCGAGGUUCGCAAGAGAGCUGGACUACAGCGUUUCGCACUUGCUGGUAUUAACGGCAUCACUCUCAUAUCCCACAUUGGAGCGACCGAGAUUAUGAUUAAUGGCACCAGGUCAUACUGCUUCGGCGGGGUGUCGCGGCCUCCAGGCAGAAGAAGCGUUAUUUGCAAGGGUGCCAUGUACCAAGAAGCUCGAUUUACGUGCACGGUUCCUUACCUUCGAUACCCUACUGUGCUUGGGUAUAAAUAUUGCAUUGAUAAGUACGCUGCAGUGAACACAUUAGAUGGCACCUAUAAAACAACAUACUGCGCUCGUGGUGAGUCCGUGCCGAAGUUCCAUUACGAUUACAUAUGCGAGCGAAAGAAUAUUAAAAUUAAACAUAUUAAUCUAACCGAUCCUAAUGAAAGAUUCAAUGUAAGAAACCCAGAGGUGCGCAGAGCGGAGUAUUAUAGAGCUCCGUUUGAUAUAUUGAAAGCAUGUCCGGAUUGGUAUGGUUGCAACCUUCGAAUUUCCCCGGAGAUGCUGCACCAAGAAAUGCCUGCCGCUUUGAUGGAUGCCAACGAAACGGCUUUUGUGGGACACGGUGGCAAAUAUUGGCUCGCAUUGUAUUACACUCAGUUAUCUACAUACGCUACGUACUUCCAAGCUCACGGAGAAUAUCCAUGGGAGUCAAAUAGGCCGAUACUUUCUAUUGAUAAAGGUGGUAUUUGGGAACAGUUAUUGAAAGCUAACAUUGGACCGGACAUGAACCUGCACUACAAUCUGAAUGGCAUUUUCAAUAGAUACCCAGGAGCCGCUGUGGCUUCUGAUCUAAUGAGAAACGAUGGACAGGUUCAGCCUGGUAACUUCAGAACAGACAGUCGUGAUGGUGUACCAGAAGAACUCAUUGUAGGCAAUGCGCAUUUGUCAGCCGACGGUCCAGGUGGUGAUCCUAAUUCUGGUCCAUACAAAUUCAUACAUGACGCCCAGAUUCAAGCAAAUAUCGAACAUGGGCAAAAUUUAUAA